AUGGUUGAUGGGAAGCGGCGGAGCGGUGUGGUGUCGCCUCCGGACGGAGGAUGGGGCUGGGUGAUCGUCGGCUGCUGCUUCAUGGUGACGGUCUGCACACGUGCAGUAACGAGGUGCAUCUCCAUCUUCUUCGUGGAGUUUCAGGCUCAUUUCGGAGGCGACUACGCCGCCACGGCCUGGAUCCACAGCCUGGUGGACUGCACCACCAUGCUCUUUGCUCCCGUCGGCAGCCUGGUUGGUAACCGUUGGUCCUGCCGGGUGGCUGUGAUGCUCGGUGGACUCCUGUCCUCCUGUGGACUCCUCCUCAGCUCCUUCACCACAAGUCUGGAGCUCCUCUACCUCACCAUGGGAGUCCUGACAGUGUCCCUGUCUCCACUGGCGCCGGCGGUGCAGCUGCUCAUCGAGCUGUACUCGUGGAGAGGAGCGCUGCUCAUCCUCAGCGCCUUCGUCGCCAACAUGUGCGUCUGCGGGGCGCUGCUCCGACCAAUCAGACUGCGAGAGUGCGAGGAGGAGGCUGAGGGAGAGGAGGGGCUGAGAGAAAGGACCAGG